AUGGCGGACGUGUACUUCAACUCCUUCGGGUUCUUCUGGAAUGACAAGGACUCUGUGGUGCCCAACGCUUGCCUGUCAAGACAAUUAGGCAAUAUCUUCAACCGGAGCGUCCCGCUCGACAUCGAGAGCUUUGAAAAGGUGGUGGUGCUCACGCAGGGGUAUGGAGACUCGUACUACCACUUUGUUGUGGAAAGCCUAUCCCGACUACCCGUCGUGCUUGACGUUCUUAAAGAAAACCCCGACAUCCAGGUCGCCGUGCCCCGUCGCCGCGACAGUAGCAAGGAAUACAUUUAUCAGUUCCUGGAGCUGCUCGGUGUAGCAAGAGAGCGCGUCCGAUUUGUGAGGAAGGUUCACGCAGGCCUUGCUAUUAUUCCUUCCUCGACAGUGUGCUUUAGGGCAAACGCGGCGCCGAUCACCAUGCUGAGGCACGCCCUCUUGCAGGUUCAAGAGGCGCUGAAGCUGAACUUUCCGGAGUUUAGGGUCGUAGAGUUUUCGGGUGCAGGUUCCAUCAGGUCACAGCUGAAGAUCUUCGCCACGGCAUCCGUAAUCGUGGGACCCCAUGGGGCUGGCCUGGCAAACAUGAUUGCAUCACCGCUACGCACGCCGGUCCUAGAGAUUGCUCCGACAAACUGUCCCUCGUGCUUUUUGACUCUCGCCGUGAAGCAUCUCGCUGACGGUGGUACAACGGCGCUUUUCGUGUUCUUUUCAACACCACGAGCGCAGCUCCAGCAUAUCUACGCCAGGCACCCGGGUGGGAAUCAGUGGAAUGACACAUGCUCAUUUUUUUACGAACCUCCAGUCGACGAAGUCGUUGAUCUCGUCAGGAAUCUCUUGGUGGCCAAGCGCCAGGCCGACGCCGCAGCCCCACCUUGA